GGAAACAAUCACACAUGAGCUUCUCCGAACCUCGAGUUCGAAGAAUCGAUCGUUGUUCAGUGCAUACUUGUAUUGAUCACGAAACCUAUUUAUAGCCCUCUCACAAGUUGAUUGUUGGAAGCUGCACACACAAAGUCUGAUAUGCUCCAAGAGUUGUUGCAGCUCCAUCUUAUUUUCGCCGUCGCCGUUGCGGCCCCUACCACUACACCACCGGCAACUGCCCAUUUUUCAACGGCCUCUACGCCGUCAACAAGUGAAGUUAUAGCAUCCACAAACACGACUGUUCCUGAGAAUUCAACCGCCACAGGGAGUACCACAUUACUUCAUUGGAGACAUGACUUUCCAUCCGCCGCUCAUAGGGUGCGUGGUCGCAUAAUCUUGGCUAAUACACGUGCCGAGGGUAGCGAGGACUGGGGACUGACUGCGGAGGAAGCAGAGAUAGCAUGCGACCGUAUUGCGAGAUACCAGUCGGAAUUCGCUCCACACAACCUUCUUAGCGCAAUCGUGCGGAGGUUACUCCCGAGAAGGCGAACAUUGAAAGUUCCACCCAUGGAAGGACAUCUUCUCUCUGUUGGCUCAGGGCAAGAAGUGUUAACACUUUCCCAUCUGUUGUCUCCCCUCCCAAGUGGUGCUUACUGGACUGGCGGAAAGCUGGUACGAUAUAGGGUGAACAGCAUGAAACGAAACACUUUUAAGGACCACAUUGUUUUGACCUGGUCAGAUGGACGCGUCGGUCAACCCAGUGUUUUGGGUAUGACCAGAGAGGACGAAGAAAAACUUCGAGAAGGGUAUAAUUACUGCCUCGCUCUUAAUCUUGCAGACGCAGCAUGGCAAGCCCGGGACUGCGCCGAUCUCUUGCCUUAUGCGUGCGUUAUCACCCCAAGGCAGGUGGGAUUUUCAAAUGAGGCUGAAGGUAAGGUGACCCCGUCAUUUACCAGCACUGCAUCAACUCUGAGCACUGAAACAAAUAGUGCCGAGGAAACAACAACAGAACCGUCUACAGAAGCAACCACAACAACCACAGUUCCACCACAGGAGACUACAACUACAACCGGAAUUCAGAAGGCACCAAAUACGGAGAAGGUGACAUCAAUCGCCACUAAGUUUAGAACAGCAGCCGCACAAAACGGUACGUCAACCGUGGCACUAUUGGCAGCUGUUCAAUCAAACAGCAACAUGACUAGCACCACAUCGUCCGGUGGAGCAACCGAAAGCUCCAGCACGUUGUCGGGGAGCAAACUCUUGCAAGAAGGGGUGAUUGCAGCUGGUAUCACAGUCACUCCAGAGGAAAAUGGAACAACAACCGUGGUCACAAUAUCGACAAAAAAUGAAAGUCAAGUUUCAGGACGCAAGCAAGUAGCCGAAAUCUCAGUGAGAUCUGGAAGCACAACCAAUUCAAGUGAACCCACUGAGCCAAUGCUGAAAGUUGCGGGCGGUCUUCUGCAAGAAACAGCAGUCGCAACGGAAACCGGGUCACCACAAGCCGGCUUCACUACUCCAGUCACAGUUGUUGGAUCCACGGAAACAAGUGAAUCGAUUUCCGCUCCAGCUGCAGCUGAGUCCGUAGCAGUAGAGCCCGUAGAACAACAGCAGAGCUCGGAAGGGAUCUAACGAUUAGAUUUGCUACAGUGGUGUUUCAUUUAAUAAUCUGACUUCCAUAAGUAAUGAAUUUGAAGGUGUUAUAAUAUCUUAAUUUGCUACCAGGAGAACAAAGCUGUUUAGUGAUUUUCGUACGAGCUAUAAGCAUUCUAUUCCUGUCAUUGGUUGACAUCAUUGGUCCCAAUCUAAUACAGCUCCAGCUCUAAAUAAUCGGUUUGGCCAGAAAAUUCCAAGAUAUCAGUGUCAACAUUUGCCUUCAGAAUGACUGAUUGGUCCCACAAUUAGCCUCCGGUUUUACUGUGUGGUUCCAAUACAUCAGAUACUAGACUAAUUCUUGAAGUGAGCCAGCAAAGACAAGUAACUACUUCCACUAAUGUGCCAGAACUUGCUUUGUUGGGUCCUUGUAAUCUGGUCGAUGGAUCACACACAAACAUUAAAAGGACGCAAGUCACACGUUCUGGAAUAGUCCGAAAAGGUUUACGUUCACCUGAGCUAUUUGCAAGCAGGCAACUGAAAACCGGCGCUGGUGGAGUUGAAGAAGGAAACUGGAAACAAGGCGCACUCUACCAUCCUUGCGAAUUCGGUAGCGAAACAAAGCAAACAGGCGCUACGGUGCUUCCAACAAACAACGGCUGAUUAGAGGGAUACACACAGAGAUGAAUUAUUGCACUGAGACUUGCUGAUGUGGCGGGAAUGGCAGACUCGUGAUAUCAAACUUGGAGUAUCCGUCUACCUUUUGACAAGCACCGUUCCUAACAAUUGAAAAGAAGGCACGGAAGUGACUGGAAUAAGGUGUGUUGUUGCGACUUACAAUGGUCCCGUGUAUUCGAUAAAAUAUGACACCGGACGACGCGAAUCUAUCUAGGGAAGGAUUUGAGGGAUCACUCGACGGAGCGGCGUGUUGAAUCCAACCGUGGCGCGGUGUAUAAGUAUUGGUUUGUGUAGAGUCAGACAACCAAAUUCAACAUACACUUUAGUAAUCUACAACCAGUAAGUGUCAACUAAGGUGAUAAAUUAAUUUGGUAUUUUACCCAACAUACUCAAACAAACAGUGCGAAUCUCCAGAUCUCUACAAGGGGGAUUUAUUAGCAGUGGGGAAUAGCAGAUGAGAAAGUACAUACAGAAAUAAGAAUGAAACGCAAUUAGAAUAGCACCGACAGCGUGGCAAAUCGCUCAGUCUGUUAAACCAAUGGUUUAUGAUCGGUCAAAAAGCAUGGGUUCAAUAAUUCUCCUAGAUUGGUAUUGAUGUAAGAUGGCCAGUUCUGUUUGCGGGCCAAAGUGGGACGUUUAACCCAACUGCGCCGUUGUUUCAGCAUAUGCAGACCGUACAAAAAAUUGAAAAACUAUGUACCUACAUGUAUUGCUUCACUGCAACAACAAAGAGCACUUGCGUCCUUAGUCAUUACACUGGCUGCGGUACUGAAGUUGAUAUGCUGAUUGACAUUGUAUCAGCUGGGACCACAGUUGUAGAGCAAUAAUAAAAU